AUGAUAGCACCGUCACCAUCAGCUAUACUCUAUCAAGAUCCUCAGGCCACCACCUUCUUGAUUGAUAUUCCUGCAUCAAUCGCUCGCGCGCAGUCACUCUCCCCAUUUCAAUCAUCAGCACUCUUGCCCUCCGCAAGGCCGCCUUCUAAUCUUAAAAACGACAGGAAUCGAACACUUCUCUCAACACCACCACUGAGGGUGCCAUAUCCGGCUUGUACAGAGCCGAAAACUGAUGCAGCCCGGGCAAGAGUUCUUGAAAGAACCCCUCUUGCGGAGAGGCUUUUGCAUUCCGAGAUCCUCGAACCCCUGGUGACGGAGGGGUUAUCCCAAAUACGCAGUGCGCUCGACUCGGGGUUCCAAUGGUGUCUUCCGCGGGUUGAGAUAGACCCCAGCGCACCGGACCUACCUCGCAAUGGGGAAAUGGGUGACGAAGCUGCCCUCCCGAAGAAGAGGAAGGGGACGACCGGGCGAACACGCCGCAAUAGCCACGGGAAUGGGGACGCUGCGAUGAUACAGAUCGAGUCUGCUUCUGCUGCCUCCAAUGCUGCGACAUGUGCUUCCCUCAUUCCCCCGUUGAUAGUGUCUCCCGGCGUGAACCGCUUCAGCUGCAUGUCGGAGCUCUCCAGCCUCGUGGUCCGCAAUACGUCGUUGGAAUCAGCCACGGUGCACGCUACCUGUUUGGUGGAUCUGGAGAGGACACCGGACGAUAAACGAUGCUGUCACAAGGGACCUCAUCACCUAUCAUCACGCCCUGUUCCUCACUCUUUCUACAUUCCGCCGCUCUCAAGCUUCCUUCAAUGCAGAAUCCCGAUCACAACGACCCCCGUGGCGAACGCAGAAACCCCCAUCCCAGGCCUCCCUCACCACCGGAAGUUCGAUCUCAUUCUGCUUGACCCACCCUGGGCCAACCGCUCCGUCCGUCGCAGCGGUCAUUACCACACUCAGACCUACCUCGACUGGGAGUUGCUCACCCAGCGCAUUCGCAAUGUCCUGUCCGUCCAUCUAGUCCAGGACUCUCCCUCGCCCAGCAAGGAGGCGAAGGCGGAGGCCGCUGAACAGUGUAGAGACGGCCGUCGCAGGAGCGCCAUCGCAGCCAUCUGGAUCACGAACUCAGGGAAAGCCCGCAAGACGGCCUACGACGCGAUCCAGGGGGCCGGGCUGACGGUCUGCGAAGAGUGGGUGUGGGUGAAGACGACGACAGAGGGUGAGCCCAUCACGCCCGUGGGUGCGCUCUGGCGGAAGCCUUACGAGAUCCUGGUGAUUGGGAGGAGGAGGGCAGAUCUUUCUGGGAGCAUCACGCGAAGAGUGAUUGCGGCUGUGCCGGAUGUUCAUUCGCGCAAGCCAAACUUGCGCGAGGUCUUUGAGCAGGUGUUUUUUUCUGAUCGCAGUCCUCGAGACAAGGCUGGGAUGCGGUAUACGGCCUUGGAGGUAUUUGCUCGCAAUCUCACGGCGGGAUGGUGGGCGGUUGGGGAUGAAGCUCUGAAGUUCAAUGCGGAGGAAUGGUGGGUUGAGAGUUGA